UUUGGCGGCGGGGGUACGUACGCCUUCUACGGGGGCCGUCAAGCAGCUGCACUAUGGGACGCCGUCGUGGUCGUGCCCGCGUACAGGGUGGGCUCCUUCGGUUUCCUCACAUGCUCGUGCACGAGGCGCCCGGCAACGUCGGCCUGCUCGACCAGGCGCCUUGCCAUCCGAUGGGUGCACAGGUACAUCCAACAUUUCGGUGGCGACAACCAACGCAUCACAUUGCUGGGCCAGGACGCUGGCGCCACAUCCAUCGGCUACCACCUGACACGCAACGACACGCCGCCUAUACAACGCGCCAUACUAAUGAGCGGCUCGCCUUUCGUGCCGCAGCCCGACAAUACGGGUCAGCGUGCCCUGCUGAACGGCAACGCACUGGCCGACGUGCUCGGCUGCGGCAGCAGGCGAAGCUUGCAGGACGCCUCGGAGCGACGACGGGUCGUGGAGUGCCUCAGGAAGCGCAGCGCAUACGCCACGGUGUUGGCCGCCGACGAGUUGGCCACCAGCAGCGACACUGUCGUGUUUGGUCCCAGCAAGAACCGCGACUUUCCGUGGAAGUUAGCGAGCGCCGUCCUCUCCGAGACGAUGCUCAAGCGCGUCGACUUCCUAGUGGGCGUCUCCAAGGACGAAGGCACGUCGCACGUAUCCGAAUUGAUGCAGGCGUUCGGCUUAUCUGCCGACCAAACCCUGACACCAAGAAGGUAA